UUUAGUGAAGUGGACCCAAGCUUUAGCGUGCGUUCUUUCUACCAUACUGCUCUGUUUACAACUCGCUCGCAGCGACCAACGACAUAACGCUCUUGCGCAUGCGCAGCUGUCUAGGCAAGUUCUCGUUAUGAAGGACGGGUACCGAAACGAGGCACCGUUUCAAAUGACGUGAAUCGGUGCUCAGUCGGUACUAUGGAAUUCGGUCGGUACCUUAAAAAGUACCAACUUCGGUACCCUUUGCUAGUCGAAGGGCAUGUGUGUCACUAUUAUUUGGAUGUGGGGAAUACUUGGUUAUAUAAUUCUUUUGGUUUAGUACUCAACAACACUGGUGGCAUCAAUUUUUUCCAAGUUGGAAGCUGGAACGCAAAAAGAGCCUUUUACGUCAUUUCCUGCUCAGAAAUUCUGAAUUCCAAGGACAAGUGGAAUGCAUGAUAAGUGCUCCCUACCAUAAAAAUGGACCGCAGUAUCCAGAUUUAACCACAUGAUGUCUUUCUUACUUUAUUCUUACAUCUUGCCCCUUUAACAUCAAUAAGCCAGUGAAUAAGACUUUUUAAAUUUUCUUCUACAGGUCGAGCUGCCUGAUUUGGGAAAAUUGACCAAACUCCGAAUCUGGCAUGAGAAAAGGAAUCCGUUUGCAGGAUGGCAUCUGAGCAAAGUCUCAAACAUUAAAAGAUUAGCAUAUUCUAAGGGAAAUCUUUAAUUUAAUAUCAUGCUGAAACACCUUGUUUCACAGGUGACCCUAAAGAAGACAUUAACAAAGGAGAAAUACAAUUUUCCGUGCGAGCGGUGGCUGGACAUCAACGAGGACGAUAAUGAAGUUGUGAGAGAGCUCCCUGCUUCUGGAGAUCUGAUCGACGAGCCGCUGCCUGUAAUUAAAUACAGGCUGACGGUGUGUACCGGGAAUGUUGGAGGCAGCGGAACAGAUGCAUCGAUUUUUAUAAACCUGAUUGGAGACCUGGGUGACACCGGAGAGCGACAGCUGGUCAACUGCAAAAACAAUGUCAACAAGUUUGAGAAAGGAAACAUGGAUGAGUUUAUAAUCGAGGCAGUGAACAUCGGGCAGAUCCGCAGGUGUAGGAUUGGACAUGAUGGAAAAGGCGGAGGCUGCGGGUGGUUUCUGGACAAAGUGGUUGUAAGGGAGGAAGGAAAGGCCGAGGCAAACGCUGUGGAGUUUCCCUGUAACAGGUGGCUGGACCGCAACGAGGAUGACGGACAGAUCGUACGAGAAUUAGUGCCCUUUUCAGACGGGCAGCGUCUUUACAGUAAGUCAGGGAAAACUAGAGUAGAUCUAGGAUUUUUCUUUUAUUCUAAAGCUUUUAUUUGUGUGUGUGUGUGUGUGUGUGUGUGUGUGUGUGUGUGUGUGUGUGUGUGUGUGUGUGUGUGUGUGUGUGUGUGUGUGUGUGUGUGUGUGUGUGUGUGUGUGUGUGUGUGUGUGUGUGUGUCAGACAUCAGUUAUCAGAUUGCAGUGAAGACUGGUGACAUUCCCGGCGGCAGCUCCGACUCCAACGUGUUUGUCAAGCUCUAUGGAGAAAAAGGAGACACAGAUAAGAUGAUGCUCGUGGUUUCCACCAAUAACUUGGGGAACUACUUUGAGACGGGCCGUGUUGACAUCUUCACAGUAGAAACCUUUGACAUUGGACAGAUCAACCGUUUGAUGAUUGGUCACACCAACAAAGGAAUGCGUGCUGGCUGGUUCUUGGACAGUGUUCAGAUCAUGGUUCCAGUCCAUGGAAAUAAGUACAUGUUUCCCAGUCACCGCUGGCUUUGUAAGGACGAGGCUGAUGGGAAGACAGAGGUGGAGAUUUACCCGAGCGAGAUUCUGGACAUGGAGCAACUGAUGAACUAUGAGAUAGUCGUUGUAACUGGAGAUGUGAUGUUCGCUGGCACCAACGCCAAAGUCUUCAUCCAAAUCUACGGAGAAAAGGGUAAGACAGAAGUCCUUAGGCUUGAGAGCAGAUCCAACAACUUUGAGCGGAACACAACUGAGAUUUUCAAGAUGGAGGCCAAAGACGUGGGGAAGAUCUUCAAAAUACGCAUCGGCCAUGACGGCUCUGGGAUUGGGUCUGGCUGGUUUCUGGAGACUGUUGACAUCAAACAUCUAAUCCUGGCUCUGGUGCCCAAAGAGAAGAAGAAAGAGAACAAGAAGAAGAAGAAGAAAAAGAAGAAAGAUGAGGACGACGACGAUGAAGAUGGAGGAGAGGAGAUGCAGGAAGUGGUGUAUACUUAUCACUUCCCCUGUUCGCGCUGGCUGAGCGGUGGCGAGGAGGACGGGGAGCUGGUGGUGGAGCUGGUGCCAGAGGAAGCAGAAGACCUAGAAGUCUUCACCUAUGAAGUGUGCGUCUUCACUGGCAAAAUGCUGGGCGCCGGGACAGACGCCAACGUCUUUAUUAAUAUUUACGGAGAAAAUGGAGACACCGGGGAACGCCUCCUGAGCAACUCAGACAACAUUAACAAAUUUGAGCGAGGGCAGGAGGAUGUUUUCAUUGUGACAGCUGUUGAUUUGGGCACUUUAAAGAAGCUGCGAAUUCGUCAUGACAACACCAAGCCUUACUCAUCCUGGUACCUGGAUCGCGUUGAGAUAGUGGACACGAAGGAGGACGUUACAUACUAUUUCCCUUGUAACCGCUGGCUUGCAGUGGAAGAAGAUGAUGGACAGGUGGCCAGAGAGCUGGUUCCUGUUGACGAGGCAUUUAUGAGGCAGGAUGAGGAUGAAGAGGGUGGGAGCACCACUCUGGGACUGGAGCAGAAAUCCAUGUCCACCACCUACACGCUUAAAAUAAAAACUGGGGAAAAGAAGUACGCUGGAACUGAUGCCAACGUUUUUGCCAUCCUCUUUGGAGAAAAGGAUGACACGGGGUUCGUCAAUCUGAAGGCUUGCAAGAACUACAAGAACAAGUUUGAACAGGGGAUGAUUAAUGAGUUCACUGUGGAGGCGGUGGACCUGGGCGACCUGGAGAAGCUACGAAUUGGACACGACAACUCAGGAGGUUCAUCUGGUUGGUUUUUGGACUGGGUGGAGAUAGACGCUCCCUCUCUGGGUCAGAGGAUAUGUUUCCCGUGCGGCCGCUGGUUGGAUAAAGGAGAAGAUGAUGGGGCCAUUGUGAGGGAUCUCUAUCCUGCUGAGUUACAGACUGAAUUUUAUACUCCAUUCGUGCCUUAUGAGCUUAAGAUCUUCACCAGUGACGUGUUUGCCGCGGGAACAGACGCUGAUGUGUUCAUCGUGUUGUACGGGCGAAAUGGUGUAUGCACUCAGCAGAAGCACCUGUGUGUGAACGAGAGAGAGAGACGGCUGUACUUUGAGAGAGGAGCUGAGGACAUGUUCAUAGUGGAGCUGGAGGAUGUCGGUGAUGUCAUAGAGAAAAUCAGGAUUGGUCACGACAACAGGGGCACCAACCCAGGGUGGCACCUGGACAGGGUGGAGAUUAGGCGCCAGCUCCGGAAGGGAAAGGGUUCAGAGACGACCAUUUUCCCGUGUGAGUGCUGGCUGGCCAAGUCGGAAGAAGACGGCGAGACGGUGAGGGAGCUUGUCGCGUCUGACAUCAUCACGCAAAAGCUCCUCAGGGAUGGGACGCUGAAGACAACUGAGACCGAGGUGGAGGAUGCCUUAGAGACUCACAUGUACAAGGUGACUGUGCGGACGGGUGACAUGUUCGGAGCGGGAACAGAUGCCAAUGUUUUCCUCACCAUCUACGGAGACCUGGGAGACACAGGAGAGCGCAAACUUGCCAAAUCUGAGAACAAUAAGAACAAAUUUGAGCGAGGCGAAGUGGACAGGUUCACCAUUGAGGCUGUGGACCUGGGACAGGUGUUUAAGAUCCGCAUUCGCCACGACAACAGCAUGCUCAGUGCAGAUUGGUACCUGGAUCAGGUGGAGGUGCAGGAUGAAGACACAGAAGAAGUUUACAUGUUUCUGUGUGAGCGCUGGCUGUCCAAAAAGAAGGAGGACAAACGGAUAGACAGGAUCUUCUACGUCAAGGGGUAUGAGGGUGAAAGGAGCAUCGAUCCAUAUUUCAAGAAGAUGGCCCAGUCCAAACAAGUGCUGGACCAAAAUGCCAACAAAAAGAAAAAGAAGAAAAAAGCAGUGGUGGCAGAAGAAGGUCCAAUCAUCCCGUAUCACUUCACACUGUCCACUGGGAUGGAGCGUGAUGCCAGCACCACAUCCAGAGCGUACGUCAUCAUCAUCGGCCCCAACGACGUCGAGACGGACCGUCUGUGGCUGGACCUGCAACAGGGGAAGAAAUCCUUUGCUGCUGGCAGCAUGGAGCACUUUGUGUGCUACGGCACCGACGUGGGAGAGAUCAAGAGGGUGGAAAUUGGUCAUAACGGUGUCACACCAGAGAGCUGCUGGUUGGUGGAAGAGCUGUCGGUUGCCGUGCCAACCAAAGGUAUCAAGUACAUCUUUCCAUGUAAGUGCUGGCUGGCUAAAGACAGGGGAGAUGGUCUGACUGUCAGACUGUUAAAUGUACUGGAUUCCAGCACAAUCAACAUUAUCCGCAAAGUUAUUUAUUCAAUCACGGUUGUCACGGGAGACACUCAGUAUGCAGGGACGGAUACCAACAUUUUCCUGACUGUGUACGGGGUGAACGGGAGCACUGAGGAAAUGCUGCUGCCAAAAAAUGGAGACAGGUUUGAAAGAGACCAAGAAGACACAUUCACCUUGGAGAUUGACGACAUAGCUCCUCUGAAGAAGAUCAGAGUUCGGAUUGACGGCAGUGGGUGUCGACCUGACUGGUUUCUUGACAGGAUCCUCAUGAGGAACCUGACCACAGAGGAGGAGUAUCUGUUCACCUACGAGAACUGGCUGUCCAAGACCAAAGGACCAAAAAGGACAAAGGUGUGUGAGCUGCCAGCGGUGGUGGACGAGGAGGAGAUGGUGGACAAAACGAACUACAUCAUCCAAGUCCAGACCAGCGACGUUGGAGGUGCUGGCACCGAUGCCAACGUGUUUCUGAUUGUGUUCGGGGAGUACGGAGACACUGGGAUGCUGCCUCUGAAGGAGGGCAGCAACAGGAACAAGUUUGAGAGGAAAUCGAAAGACGUGUUCAGAAUUCCUGAAAUGCUCAGUCUGGGUGAGCUGUCCAAAAUCAGAGUGUGGCACGAUAACAAAGGCCCGGCUCCUGGCUGGCACUUGGAGUACAUUGAUGUGAAAGACGAGACCAUGGACCAGAUGUUCAGGUUCCCCUGCAACCGCUGGCUGGCUAAAGGCGAAGAUGAUGGGAUGAUUAUAAGGGAACUGGCGUGUGCCAACAAUGACUCUAUAGACCUCAGUGACAAAACCAAAUACGAGAUCGCCACAACAACUGCAAACACCGACAACGCCUCCACCGCAGAGAACGCCUGGAUCGUGUUGGAGGGGAGGAAAGCUCGUUCCAAGGAGUUUGUUCUGGAGAACAAGAAAAAGAAGUUUUUAUGCGGUGCCACAGACACAUUUGAGUUCUCAUCCAAGCAUUUGGGGGAAAUCGCCGGCAUCUGCCUUGGUCACAUUUCAAAAGAUGGAAAGAAGGUGAAGAAGGAAGUCUUCUGGCACGUUAUGGAGGUGGUGGUGACAGAAAUGGAGCUGGGAAACAAGUAUUUCUUUCACUGUGACGCCCAAAUCCCUUUGACAGCCAAAAAGGACCAGUUCCUCACAUUUGAGUGCUAUAAAUCUGUUGAGAGCUUCGCGAGUAAAGUGCGCAAACUGGUCCCUGUCAAGUAUGAAAUCAUCAUCAUCACCGGGGACGUCAAGGGCGGUGGAACUGAUGCCAACGUUUCCAUCACCAUCUACGGCGUCAACGGGGACUCGGGCAAGCGCGCACUCAAGAAAAAGUUCCGCAACCUCUUUGAGCGGGGACAGACAGACCGCUUUGUUCUGGAGAUGCUGGACCUCGGGGAGCUGCUGAGGGUCAAAGUGGAGCACGACGGCAGCAGCUUGAACAACGGGUGGUUCCUAGAAUGUGUCGAGGUGACCAACAUGGCUAACUCUGUCACAACCAUCUUCCAGUGUGGGAAGUGGCUGGACGCUCAUAAGGCAGACGGAGAGAUUUAUCGAGUGCUCUAUCCCAGGUAUUAGAAGGAAAACAAACAACUCCCUGCUGUCUUUUUUACUCUGAUGAAAGAGUUGGAUUUACUUCAGCUCAGUGCAGCUUUUUUAAAGAGGGCAUACUUCAAAAACUCUCCUUUUGCACUGCCACCUGGGUUUCUACAGCCUCUAUGAACACUCCAAAUGUGAAAAAAAAACCUCCACCCAUUUUCUGUCAGUGAUUGGUUUCAGGAAUUAUCAGCCUAAAACAAGCCGUUUCAUAAAGUUCCUGUUUGUGAUGUCACAAAUGGGGAAAUUAGCAACAAAAAAAACCCACCUCUCCCGACUGGAAGAGCAGCAGCUGUACUCAAAGUUGCUCCCGGAUAUCGGAGAUUCCCAGCUAAUACAGCCUGAGUGAGGAAUGGGUGGGCGUGGCCAGCUCCAGCUUGUUUUUUUUAAAGUGGCAGAGCUCUGAAACGGCUCAUUCUGGAAGGUACUGCAAAUGUCAAGACUAAAACUGCUGAACUUCCUUUAUGCGAGAUGGAUUUCAUGCAAAAAAAAACUUCAUUAACGUUUUUUGUAUAGACCAUGAGACUAUUACAAUUUUUUCAAAAAGUGAAAAUAGGUUUUCUUUAAAGGACAAAUCCAAUGUUUGGUCUGGAAUGUGUGCCAAACAAGAUAAAAAGCCAUAUUACCAGUGGUGUGUAUAGAAUAUUUAUUCUUAGACCAACUCAUCAUCUAUGUUUUGACAUAGGUAUAAAAUGUAUUUUGUGUUUUUGUUCAGAGAAAUACAUCAGUCUAUUAAUAAAACUUUUAUGUACUGAAAGUGUUUGGGCAGGUUUUAUCUGCAGUUGUUUCGGUGACAAGGUGGAGAAACGAGGGCCUGGGCGGGAUUUGAUCCCCAGACUCCCGGGUGAGAGUCACACGCGAUAACCAGUCAGCCAACAGGACAUCCCCAGAGCACGUAAUCAAUCGGGACACUGUGACAGGACGCUCACACUGCCACAUUUUCCUUCUCUGUGCACUUUGGAAAAUAUUUUUCAAAAUAUUUCUCAGAGAUUUUUGACCAAUACAUCAACUCAACAAAGAGGAAACUUGUAUUUAUUUAUGUUUACAGUCUUGCUCUGUCAUAGCCAAACAAUAAUAAGACAGUUUCUGUUGUCAAGCAGAACAUCACUUCUUUGUAAUUUACAUCCAAGGAACCACAAAUGUUUGUAACCUUUAAAGUGGUCCUGAUCAGGGGCGGAUUAAGGACUGAAGAACAUCCGGGGCUUAACACACGCACACACAUGCGCGCGCACACAUACACACACACACACACACACGUGACACGCACUAGUCAACAUCAUAUAUAUUUGUCUUGAACCACAUCAUUUUUAAUCUGAAGCUACAUAUUAAGCAUUUUCAGGGCAGAGUAUUGUUCCUGUUAGUGUUUAGUGUGAGAUGAUAGUAAAUAUUCCCUUUCUUUCUCCAUCAACUUUACCUGAUAGUAAGCUAACUUUAGGCAAACCAGCAGCACAACAAAUAUUUUCAAAUUAGACUCACAAACCUGAGUCAACACCAGUCUCAUCAAAGCUGUGGUUCUGUUGUUGUACUUUUGGUCUAAAAAACGUCCUUAUGUCCAUCUUCACUCAUGCGUUUCAGGCAGAGAGUGUAGAAGAAGCCAGCUGCUGAAGGGCUUCUUCUUCAGUGGUGGAGGCUCAGGCAGGCUGUAUACAAACUACUGCCAGCUGCUCCCUCUCUGUUGGACUUUGGUACUGCAUGUUGCUUCCGCGAUUUAGAUCCGGGGCUUUCCAUGAAACAUCCGGGGCUUCAGCCCAAGUAGCCGGGCCUAACGCCGCCCCUGGUCCUGAUCAAAAAUUGGGAAGGUAUUUAAAGGGUUUUGACUUUGGCUGCUUUUAGCUAAUUUUUAGUAUAUUUAUCGUUGCUGACAGCAUGUGCAUUGCCUAAAAAAAUAGAGAAAGAGGAAAAGUUGUAAUUUCCAUACAACUGUAAUCUGCAUUGAUGGAAUUUAAUACUGCGUUACUUUACAAUUUUUCUGUAUAUGUCCUUGAGCACGUUUCUUGAGGUCAACUUUUUACUUUUACUCCACUACGUUUUAAAGCAAUUAGCUGUACUUUCUACUCCAC